AUGGCGCCUUCGGCGGAGGCGAAGUGCCUUGAAAAUUUGGAGUCUGGAAGGGCCAAACCUAAGGAGGAGGUGCUGUCAGAGGCCAGUACUUUUGUCAGCACGAACGGUGGAGACCCCAGUGACCAGUUUUUAGUACUGGCUCACUGCAAACUUCAGUUUGGGAAGUACCAGGGCCAGAGAUUUAGAUGGCUCCUGGAAAACUCUCUGGGGUAUGCCGUGUAUUUGGUGCUCAGCAUUUCCACUGAGACAGCGCAGACAACACCCCUGUCACAAAAUAAACAACUGUUCCUACAGUACACUUCUCAAAUUAGAGAGAUGGCAGAAGAAGUGGAAAAGUAUCAGAGGAAGCAGGAAAUGCAGGCAGAAGCCCGGGCAACUGGAGACCAGGGCUGCUUGAUGGUGGAGUUUGGUGACUUCCAGGGCCGCUCCAUGAAAGAUGUUUAUGAGGACCAGAGCAAGGAGGCUCAAGCCCUCAUCAGGUACCUCAUUAAGGCAGAUGCCAGGCCCAAAACCAACAUGGCCAUUUUCAAGACAUAUGUCCUGAAAAGACGGGCUUCUGCUGUGGUCACCAGCGUACGUCAGCCUGCACCUCACGCUGCAACCUCCAGUGCUUCUGCAACCACUGCACCUCCACCUGCACCUAUCCAAACUGGUGUACAGAAGACCGCAACUGUGAAAGCGCUGUUGGCGCGUGGCAAAAAUUUGUCUCCUUCACAGCUGGCGAAAAAACUCACGUCACCAGUUAAACCCUAUCCAUUAUUGCAGUCCACUUUACCUCCUCCAGCAGCAGAACCCCCAGCCAAACAUUUGACCCCGAUACAGCUUUUCGCUACUGGUAAGUAA